AGCUGGCGGUUGUUUGGUGCAUUGGGUGGUUUGUUUGCGGGCGGUUGUCAGCUUCAUGAUGGCAGCAAUCCUUAGGACAGCUUUCAGGCACAAGGUUAAUGAUCUGCUAACUGUAGAGGGAUGGAACACUCAGCACAGCCACAUAACAAUGAUGGAUCUUUCCGCCAUUUGGACAUAUGUGCUAUUCAUCAUCGACUGCCCCAUUUUGUUUUGCAGCCAACAACAAAAUUAUUUAUUGAUGGGAAGUUUAUUGAAUCAAACACUUCAGAAUGGAUUGACGUUCACAACCCUGCAACAAAUGAGGUGAUUAGCAAAGUCCCAAAGGCCACUCAGGAGGAGAUGCUUGCUGCCGUGAACUCCUGUCAACGUGCUUACCCAUCAUGGUCAGAAACAUCAGUAAUGAGUCGGCAGCAGAUUUUUCUGAGGUACCAGCAACUCAUCAAAGACAACCUGACUGAAAUUGCCAAGCUCAUCACAAAAGAGCAAGGAAAAACCUUGGCAGAUGCUGAAGGAGAUGUUUUCAGAGGCUUGCAGGUCGUUGAACACACUUGCAGCAUCACAUCUCUAAUGCUGGGUGAGACUUUGCCCUCCAUCACCAAAGACAUGGACACAUUCACUUACCGUCUGCCAAUAGGAGUGUGCGCUGGCAUUACUCCCUUUAAUUUCCCAGCCAUGAUUCCACUCUGGAUGUACCCUAUGGCUUUGGUGUGCGGAAACACUUUCCUGCUCAAACCUUCGGAGCGUGUGCCAGGAGCAGCCAUGUUGCUGGCCAAGUUGUUGCAAGAUGCAGGAGCUCCAGAUGGAACCCUUAAUAUUAUCCAUGGGCAGCAUGAUGCUGUGAACUUUGUUUGUGACCAUCCUGCUAUAAAAGCUAUCAGCUUUGUUGGUUCCAAUCAAGCAGGAGAGUACAUCUACACAAGAGGUUCCAAAAAUGGCAAGAGAGUCCAAUCAAACAUGGGCGCUAAGAACCACGGAGUCGUGAUGCCUGAUGCUAACAAGGAGAACACUCUGAAUCAGCUGGUUGGUGCAGCUUUUGGAGCAGCUGGACAACGUUGCAUGGCCCUGUCAACCGCUGUCCUGGUCGGGGAAGCUAGAAAUUGGCUGCCUGAACUGGUGGAAAGGGCAAAGAAACUGAGAGUCAAUGCAGGUGACCAGCCGGGCUCUGACCUAGGUCCUCUCGUCUCCCCUCAGGCAAAGACCCGAGUGUGUGAUCUGGUCCAAAGUGGUGUGGAGGAGGGUGCAAAGUUGCUACUGGAUGGCCGGAAGAUCCAGGUGAAAGGAUAUGAAAACGGUAACUUUGUGGGUCCCACCAUCCUUGCAGCAGUGAAGCCUCAAAUGAAGUGCUAUACUGAGGAGAUCUUCGGACCAGUCCUAGUAGUCCUUGAAGCAGAUACCCUGGAUGAAGCUGUUGAUAUCAUCAACCAAAACCCAUAUGGAAACGGCACUGCCAUCUUCACCACAAAUGGUGCCACAGCCCGUAAAUUCACACACCACGUUGAUGUGGGACAGAUUGGAGUAAAUGUGCCUAUCCCAGUUCCAUUGCCCAUGUUCUCGUUUACUGGAUCAAGAGGCUCAUUCAGGGGUGAUACCAACUUCUAUGGCAAACAGGGUAUUCAGUUCUACACUCAAGUAAAGACGGUCACAUCACAGUGGAAGGAGGAAGAUUCGACCUUAACCAGCCCAUCUGUUGUCAUGCCAACGAUGGGGCGCUAAGUUCACUUCAUUGAAAAGGCAAGCCACGUUCAACAUAGUCCUUGGUACUGACUUACGGAGAAUUUGGGCUGGAGCAGCUGCAUGUGAGCAACAUAUACCUCUGGCCCUUCCACCUGACCUAGGAGAGGCAUAUAUACCAUGGGCAUGGCAAGAGGGAAUGGAAGGAAAACUAUAGAAAACAUUUGUUUCACCUUGACCAUUCUUAGCAAUUUUAAACUAUUUUAAUUUUUCAAUUUCAAUUACUUGAAUUUUUUAAUCUGCCUCAGUAGCCCUCAAAUUCUGAUCAUGUAGCGCACAUCUAGGUAUAAACAGAGUUUAAACAGAAAGUUCUAUUUUUCCUGUCUCAAUUCGAACUGCUUGCACAGUUCAUUUUUUCCCCUCAAAAUAUGAUUUCCAUACACAAAUAAGUAAUCUGACUGAUAUAUGUAGCUUGUUGAGGAUGUCUGGAUCAAACAAUUUGAAUGAAAACCCAGAUAUCCAGUCUGAUGCAUAUCUGACUGAUAUUUGUAGCUUGUUGAGGACGUAACUUAAAGCUAGCUGACUUACAAGUAUGCAUCCCAAAAUUACCUGUUGGUGGAUUGCUUUAAACCACUAUUUAAACUUUAGGUGGAAAGAAAAUCAUAUAGUUCUGGCAAUAUUUAUGAGCUGUUUCUUACUUUAAUUGCAGGAUUCAAUGCACAGUUAUCUUUUAUUGGGUUGAUGAAAAACAAAUAUAACUGGGUAAUUUUUCUGUGUAAAAAAAAAUUGUACAGUUUUAGACCUGUGAUUAGAUAAUGAUUAAAUGUGAUUAGGUUUAGAAGUCUGAAGUCCUUUAUCCCCAUAUUCCUUUUCAGUAAGAAAUUGAUCCUAAAUCAUGUGCCUCGGACUAGUGUGUGCUUUGUCAAAGUGAGUUAGAUAUGAGCUACGGCAAUGACACCAUUACUUAUCCAGUGAAACACUUGAGUCACAGACCAGAAAAGUCGCAGGUUAGAAGCAGUGAUGUUGUAAAAAGCACUAAUUUAACAAUGGGACCUUUUUAAUGUUGGUUUUUCUUUACAUCCCAUUAAUCUAUUUCAAACAGCAAGGUUAAUUCUCAAUGUCAUAGCUCUCAAAAACGAAACUGACAGCAAGUUGUCGAGUGAAAUGGGGCAACACUAUUAUGCACAAGUUUUUUAGAUGGACAGUACUUUCUGCUCAUGAUCUAGCUGAUAAGAACAUAAUUAAGUGCAGGUGUAAGCCAUUUGGCCCUUUCAACCUGCUCUGCCAUUCAAUUAGAUCAUGGCUCAUCUACCUCAACUAGACCUUCCCACUCAAGAGUUCAAAUCUUGCAAUGGCAAACUAUGAAACAAUGUAACUUCACCUGAAACAGAUGGAAACGGGUUUGUACUCGAAAGAGUUACACCUUCCCACACUAUCCCUGGAUUCCCUUAGUAUCCAAAAAUCUAUAUUUCUGUUUUGAAUACACUUGACCAACUGACUAUCUUGAGAUUGUGUGUUCCAAACACAGUCCCUUUUGAGUGAGAAAAAAAGUCUCCUCAUCACAGUCAUAAAUGGCUGGCUGCUUAUUUUGAGGUUAUGACCUCCUAGUUCUAGACUGUCCAGCCAGGGAAACAUUCUCUCAGCAGCUACCCUUUAAACCCCCUUAAGAAUUUUAUAUGUUCCAUUGUCAUCUCUCAAUCCCUCCUCGUAAGACAAUCCCCUUAUUCCAGGAACCAGGCCAGUGAACCUUUACACUCCCUCCAGGGAAAAUGUACCCUUCUGAGUAUGGAGACCAAAACUGUACACAGUCUCCAAAGCCCUAUAUAAUUGAAGUAAGACUUUACUCUUUUACUCCAAUCCCUUUGUAAUAAAGGCUAACACUAUUUAUCCCUAAUUGUGUGUUGUACUUGCAUGUUAACUUUAUGAUUCUUGUACAAGGACACCCAGUUGCCUAUGAAUGCAAACAUUUCCCAAUCUUUCACCUUUUUAAAAAUUUUUGUUUUCUAUUUUUCCUGUUAAAGCCUUCACAUUUCCCCAUUAUGUUCCUUCUACCAUGUUCUUGCCCACUUAUUUAACAUGUCUAUAUUCCUUCUGGCCUCUUUGCAUGCUCCCACUGAGCCUUAUAUCGUCAGCAAACUUGGAUAUAUUGCCCUCAUCUAGGUCAUUGAUAUAGUUUAUAAAUAGCUGAGGCUCAAGCACUGAUUGUUGCGGUAUCCCACCAACUGCAAGCAAGCUGCCUACCCAAAAAUAACCAGUUUAUUCCUACUCUGUUAACCAAUCCUCAAUGCUAAUAUAUUAUCUCCAAUCUCAUGAACCCUAAUUUUAUGUAAUAAAUUCAUAUGUGGCACCGUAUCAAAUUCUUUUUAAAUAUUGGAAUACAUUAUAUCCAUUAAUUUUCCUUUUGAUCUACCCUGCUAGCUAUAACUUUAAACUACAACAGAUUUGUCAGGCAUGAUUUCCCUUUCAUAAAUCCAUGUUGACUCUGCCCAAUUAUACUAUGAUUUCUAAGUGCUCUGUUACCAUGUGCCUAAUAGAUUCCAGCAAUUUCUCUACUACAGAUGUCGGGCUAACUGGCCAUUAGCUCCCUGUUUUAUCUCCCUCACUUUUUUUGAAAAGUGGGUUUACCUUUGCUAUCUCCCAAUAUGCAUGGACCAUUCUAAAAUUGAGGGAAUUCUGGAAGAUCAAAACCAAUGCUGCUAUCUUUGAGCAGUCAGUGAUUUUUGUACUGAAGGAAAGUUGUGAAUUCAUAUGGAAAAAAGCUAUCCAGUUAAACUUGGGUUGAAGUGUGCAUUGUUACACUGGAUAAACUGGUUGAAGUUUUCCCCCUUCAACUUGGAGGGGGGGAAAUCACUUGGUUGUACAUGAAGCAGAUGUUCCUGUUUGUUUGAGCAUGAUGUAACUGGCUAAUCAUGUUAAUCAUGUAAAAAAAACUCUUGCUGCAAGUUGAUAAAUUAAACUUUUUAUAAAUGC